UUACACUGAAGCAGGAAGAGAAAGUAAACAGAAGCUCAGACUUACUUUUGUCUCAGGGGAACAAUGUCCUAAAACAAGUUUUUAUCAGAAUUGAAGGACAGUUCAAAGAGCCGAGGGGAACUGAGUGUUACAUAUUCUCUUCAGAAAUAUAAAGGACAUUACUUCACCACUAAUGGAGAAGGAUUCUAAUAAAUAACUCAUCCCACAAGCUGGGCUUCAGGCUGGGAAACACAGAGGACCGUUUUGAGGAACAUGGAGGAGAACAGAGCAACGUCUCCAGCACCAAGCUGUGUUUCUCUGCAGAGUGACCUGUCCAAAGAUCUUCCUGUAGGGUUUAGUAAUCAUCCUGGACCCCCAGAUCAAAGCUGGGCUUCAGGCUGGGAAACACAGAGGAACGUUUUGAGGAACAUGGAGGAGAACAGAGCAACGUCUCCAGCACCCAGCUGUGUUUCUCUGCAGAGUGAUGAGUCCAAAGAUAUCCCUGUAGGGUUUAGUAAUCAUCCUGGACCCCCAGAUCAAAGAUGGAGGAAGAGGAGCAGCGUUGGUGUGGAGGAGCAGCGGUCCUGCUGUGCUUUGUGUCAGAAGGUCCUGAUGGAUCCGGUCUCUACCAGCUGUGGACACUGGUUCUGCAGACAGUGCAUCACGUCAUACUGGGUCCAGUCUGCUCCAUCAGGACCCUCCUCCUGCCCCCAGUGUGGGAAAAGACCCAGAAGAGGACCUGGACUGCUGGCAGCCAAUCAGAGCAGCUGUGCUCCAGCAGAUGUUGGUCUGCAGGAGGUUCUAGAGGAACAUAAGAUCAGUCUGAGGAGGAGAUGUGAAUGUGUGACUGAAGGAAGUGAUGAACCAGGAAGUAGAACCCUCCUCAACAGGAUCUACACUGAUCUCUACAUCACAGAGGGACAGAGUGAAGAGGUUAAUACCCAACAUGAGGUGAAGCAGCUGGAGAGAGCUUCCAGGAUCCAGAACCUCCAUGACUCUCCAAUCAGGUGCCACGACAUCUUUAAAGCCUUACCUGACCAACAUGGACCCAUCAGAGUGGUUCUGACCAACGGCGUCGCUGGUGUUGGAAAAACCUUCUCAGUGCAGAAGUUCACUCUGGACUGGGCCGAGGGCUUGGAGAACCAAGAUGUCCGUGUGGUGGUUCUGCUGUCGUUCAGGGAGCUGAACCUGAUCAGAGGUGAGCAGCACAGUCUUCUCACGCUGCUCCAUGUUUUCCAUCCAACCCUCCAGAAGCUCCCAGCAGAGCAGCUGGCUGCCCACAAACUUCUCUUCAUCUUUGACGGCCUGGAUGAAAGCAGACUUUCUCUGGACUUCAACCACAGUCGGCUUGUUUCUGACGUCACACAGAAGUCAUCAGUCGACGUUCUGCUGACAAACCUCAUCAAGGGGAACCUGCUUCCCUCGGCUCUGGUCUGGAUCACCUCCAGACCUGCAGCGGCCAAUCAGAUCCCUCCUUCAUGUGUUGCCAGGGUAACAGAGGUACGAGGCUUCACCGACGCCCAGAAGGAGGAGUACUUCAGGAGGAGGUUCAGUGAUGAAGAGCUGUCCAGCAGAAUCAUCUCCCACAUCAAGACCUCCAGGAGCCUCCACAUCAUGUGUGGAAUCCCAGUCUUCUGCUGGAUCACUGCUACGGUUCUGGAGAACAUGUUGACCACAGAGCAGAGAGGAGAGCUGCCCAAGACCAUGACUGACAUGUACUCUCACUUCCUGCUGGUCCAGACCAGGAGGAAGAAGAACAAGUACCAUGAAGGACAUGGGAGGAGUCCACAGGAGCUGAUGGAGGCUGACAGGGAAGUUCUCCUGAAGCUGGGGAGGCUGGCGUUAGAACAUCUGGAGAAAGGAAACAUCAUGUUCUACCAAGAAGACCUGGAGCAGUGUGGUCUGGAUGUCACAGAGGCCUCGGUGUACUCAGGAGUUUGUACAGAGAUCUUCAAGAGAGAGAGUGUGAUGUUCCAGAAAGCAGUCUACUGCUUUGUUCAUCUGAGCAUUCAGGAGUUUCUGGCUGCAGUCUACAUGUUCCACUGCUUCACCAGCAGGAACACAGAGGUGAUGAAAAAGUUCCUGGGUCAAAAAUACAGUGAGACAUCUCUAGAGGAUCUUCUGAAGAGAAUCAUGGAGAAAUCCCUCAGAAGUAAAAAUGGCCACCUGGACCUGUUUGCUCGCUUCCUUCAUGGCCUCUCUGUGGAGUCCAACCAGAGACUCUUAGGAGGCCUGCUGGGUCAGACAGAGAACAGUCCAGAAACCAUCCAGAAAGUCAUCAACAACCUGAAGAAUAAAAAAACAAAGGCAUCUCCAGACAGAAGCAUCAACAUCUUCCACUGUCUGAUGGAGAUGAAGGACCUCUCAGUUUAUCAGGAGAUCCAACAGUUCCUGAAAUCAGAGAACAGAUCAGAGAAGCUCUCAGAGAUCCAGUGUUCAGCUCUGGCCUACAUGCUGCAGAUGUCAGAGGAGGUUCUGGAUGAGUUGGACCUGGAGAAGUACAACACAACAAAAGCAGGACGACUGAGACUGAUUCCAGCUGUGAGGAACUGCAGAAAGGCUCGACUUAAUGGCUGCAAACUCUCAGCGACUGAAUUUGAAGUUGUAGCCUCAGUUCUGAAGUCUAACCCCUCUCAUCUGACUGAAGUGGAGAUAAGAGAGAUCGAAGGAGUGAAAGACUCUGGAAUGAAGCAUCUGUGUGAGAUACUGAAGAGUUCAGUCUGCAGAGUUAACAUCCUGAGAUUGAGGAGCUGCAGUUUGUCAGAGAUCAGCUGUUCUUCUGUGGGAUUGGCUCUGAAGUCCAACCCCUCCCAUCUGACAGAACUGGACCUGAGUGACAACAAAGACCUGAAAGAUGCUGGAGUGAAGGAGCUCUGUGGUUUUCUCCAGACUCCCCUCUGCAAACUACAGAUAUUGAGAUUGAGUUACUGCAGUUUGUCAGAGAUCAGCUGUUCUUCUGUGGGAUUGGCUCUGAAGUCCAACCCCUCCCAUCUGACAGAACUGGACCUGAGUGGAAACAAAGACCUGAAAGAUGCUGGAGUGAAGGAGCUCUGUGGUUUUCUCCAGACUCCCCUCUGCAAACUACAGAUAUUGAGAUUAAUUGGCUGCAGUUUGUCAGAGAUCAGCUGUUCUUCUCUGGUUUUGGCUCUGAAGUCCAACCCCUCCCAUCUGACAGAACUGGACCUGAGCUUAAACAACCUGAAAGAUGCUGGAGUGAAGGAGCUCUGUGGUUUUCUCCAGACUCCCCUCUGCAAACUACAGAUAUUGAGAUUGAAGAACUGCAGUUUGUCAGAGAUCAGCUGUUCUUCUGUGGUUUUGGCUCUGAAGUCCAACCCCUCCCAUCUGACAGAACUGGACCUGAGUGACAACAACCUGAAAGAUGCUGGAGUGAAGGAGCUCUGUGGUUUUCUCCAGACUCCCCUCUGCAAACUACAGAUAUUGAGAUUGAAGGACUGCAGUUUGUCAGAGAUCAGCUGUUCUUCUGUGGUUUUGGCUCUGAAGUCCAACCCCUCCCAUCUGACAGAACUGGACCUGAGUGACAACAAAGACCUGAAAGAUGCUGGAGUGAAGGAGCUCUGUGGUUUUCUCCAGACUCCCCUCUGCAAACUACAGAUAUUGAGAUUGAUUAACUGCAGUUUGUCAGAGAUCAGCUGUUCUUCUGUGGUAUUGGCUCUGAAGUCCAACCCCUCCCAUCUGACAGAACUGGACCUGAGUGUAAACAAAGACCUGAAAGAUGCUGGAGUGAAGGAGCUCUGUGGUUUUCUCCAGACUCCCCUCUGCAAACUACAGAUAUUGAGAUUAAACAACUGCAGUUUGUCAAAGAUCAGCUGUGAUUCUCUGUGUUUGGCGCUGAAGUCCAACCCGUCCCAUCUGACAGAACUGAACCUGUGGUACAACAACCUGGAGGGGUCAGAUGUUCAGCAGCUGCAGGAUCUUGUAAAGAGUCCAGACUACAAACUGAAAUCUGUGUAA